UCUGACCAAUUGGAAGCGUGUCCUGCAAAACAGUACCCGCUUGGAGAAACAAGAGUUUUCGUUUUAAGGCUUUCUGUUACGUUGGCGUAAACGACAUUUAUCAACUAUAUGCUUAUUUCCCCCUUCCUCCUACUGCAACUUUAAGGAUUUAUCAGUUAAGAAAAUUGAAAGCCAUGCCGACCUUGAGGAAACAAUCAGUGGCUGCCGUGGGCAAGAAAACAAAGCCCAGUUUGUCUGAGAACCAGGAAGAAGCUUCUCGGGUCAAGAGGGCCACUUCCACAUCUCGUGCAGCUGCAAAGAAGCGGACAGCCUUCAUAGACCUCACCAAUUCUACUAAAGUCCAGAUCAGCUUCCCUGGCAAGAAGAAAGAGCUGGCAAAGAAGCAGGUGAAGAAAAGAAGCGCUUCCUGUGCAAAGAAAACAGCCAAGCAGAAUGGGACCUCUUCCGAGACUUCUGCAGAGAAAUCGGUCAAAAAGGAAGCUAAAGCCGAGACGGAAGCAGCUGCAGCAGACAAGCUGGAAACCGCCGUCUCCGAGGUGCCGCCACACCUCAGGAGACCCGAGGUUCCAGCAGAAUUUGACAUUGACUCACAGUACUCAGAAGACUGCGUUAUGUGUCCUGACUAUGCGGUGGAGAUCUUUGCCUACCUCAAAGAAAGAGAGGAGAAAUUCGUACUGUCUAACUACAUGACUACGCAACCCAGCCUCAACAAGGAGAUGCGAUCCGUCCUGAUUGACUGGCUGGUGGAAGUGCAGGAAAACUUUGAGCUGUUCCACGAGACGCUGCACUUGGCCGUGAAGCUGACCGACCACUACCUGGCCAAGACCCCAAUCCACCACAAUAUGCUGCAGCUGGUGGGCACCACCUCCGUACUCAUUGCUUCCAAGUUUGAGGAGUACAGCGUGCCAUCCGUCGACGAAUUCCUCUACAUUUGUGACGACGCGUACACUAAGGAGGAGCUCCUCGCCAUGGAGGCCAGCAUCCUGCGGACGCUUUCUUUUGACAUCAACAUCCCCAUCCCAUACUGUUUCCUACGUCGCUAUGCCAAAUGUGUGAACGCCGGUAUGGACACGCUGACUCUGGCUCGCUACUUCUGUGAGAUGAGCCUGUUGGAAAUGGAGCUGGUGGUGGUGAGGGGGUCACUGCUGGCGUCCGGCUGUCUGCUGCUGGCCAUGCUCACCAAGGAUCUGGGUGGAUGGUCUCCCAUCCUGCAAUUCCACACAGGAUAUGAAUUGUCAGACGUGGCGCCCGUGGUUUGGAUGGUAUACUCGAUGAUGUCGCAGCUUCCUAAGGACAAAUUGAGCGCCAUCCUGAGCAAAUACUCCCACAAGGUGUUUUUCCAAGUGGCGUCCUUGCCCAUGGUGGAUGUAGAGGUUUUGGAGAAGGCCUUAUCGUGUUAAACAGCCUCUGUCCUGCAUCCCAAAAUGUCCCGCAUGGGGGGAAAACUUGUAAAUAUGUUAAUGUUUGUUAUUUAUAAUUGUUAUGUAUUUUUAAAACUGUUGUUAUAUGUGAUGUUGAAUCAGUGUUUUUAAUAUUUUAUGUUGGAGAAAAAAAGUAUUAAUCAUCUGCUUCAAGCUUUCAAAUUGUUACAUUUUACUCAGAUUUGCUUUUAUGGCCUUUUGUGCAUUCGUAUCAUGCAUAAUCUUUAGAAUAAAGAUGCUUUUUGUGUUUGGUAA